UAGAUGCGAUGACUUUCAAUGGCAACAGUUACGUCCGCUACAGUCUUCGUGAUGAAAAGACAAAGAUUUCGUCAUUUUCCGUCUCUGUGCGAACAACUAAACCUUCUGGUACAAUAUUCUCUGUAAAAGGAUCUCACGAUUAUUUUAUUCUUGAGGUACAAUUCAAUAUAUUACAUAAUGUAGUCUCAUCGAAGCUGCUCUUUGUGAUGUACCUUCGCUUGUGAUUUGUAUAUGUAUCUUACUAGCAUGCAGUUUAUAUAUUGUAAUGCCAUGUUUCACAAGGCAAUUUUACACCUGAGACAAUUUUACCUGUUCAAGUAUCGUCAUUUUUUCGGACUAUGUCAUCAACAAUAAUCUACCCAAGUUCGAAGUUUUUGGAUUCAUUACGUUAUACAAGAUUAAUAUUACCAAACCACUUCUAGUUGAACUAUCGAACCACCAGGGAUUGGAGUUGAGUUUUAUCCAAUUUAUGUGAACGAGGACUUGAAUGUCUUGAAGUACUACCACUUCUAGUCGUGACGAAAAAUGGAACGCGCUUUUAAGUAAUUAAUUGGUCUUGAUGUUAUGUGGUCUAACACAUGUCUAUAUAUGUUUGUUUUCAGAUUGUUAACGGAAAAAUUCGUGCUCGAUUUGAUUACGGCAGUGGUGAAGGAGUUGGAAUUAUUGACCAAGUCAAAGUAAAUGAUGGCAAAUGGCAUGACGUUGAAAUGAAACGAAAACAGAGAAAUGUUCGUCUUACUUUGGAUUCUGGCAAAUAUAUGACGGAAUCUGUUGCGUCUGGAUCAAUGAGUUUCUUGAACGUUCAUAUGAAUAAUAUCAUUGUUGGUGGAGAGUUACCCAAGAGAUCGAUAAGAAGUGCAACCAGUAAGUAUGAUAUUAUUGUUUGGAAGAUCAUAUCCGGGGAUUAGAACCUUUCUGCGGGUAAACCGAUCGGGUCUUAUUGACGCAUGCGCGUUGAACCGUCAUGAGAGAUUACGUUGUUAGUUUAUUUUCGAAGAGGGAUUUUGGAGAUCAAAUUUCGUUAAAAUUCGUUGUAUUUUCAAAAGUAUAACCUCCACUCUUACAUGUUUGUAAAACCGUUGCUUCAUUAUUUGUUUGUAAAAUCGUUACUUAUGUAAAUGUUUUUCUUUAUCAGCUGUCUCCAAUGGAUACUUUGGCUGUAUGGAAAGUCCUCGACUGAAUGGUAAUGAUCUGCCAUUGUCGGGCAGUAACUUGGCAGCCACAGCUUUAGCAAAAGGAGUAACAAACAACUGUUCUAUCGACAUUUGUCAUCCUUCAUUUUGUCAGAAUGAUGGUGUAUGCAGAAUGAAAGAUGAAGAACCUACAUGUGAAUGUGAACCUGGGUUUAAGUCAAAUGAUUGCAGUAAAGAUAUAAAUGAAUGUAAAUUAUUCCCAUGUAAGAACAAUGGAAAAUGUAUAAACACAUUUGGAUCGUUCCGAUGUGAAUGCAAUGAUAGCAACUUGGACGGUGUGUUAUGUGAGACUCAUGUUGCUGCAGUAACCCGUACAGGACAAUUUGGUACGAGGGAAUUCAUUUUCAUCGGAGCAACGGUGUUUGUAUUAAUCAUCAUUGCAGUGAUUAUUGUCUUAGUAUGUCGAUGUUGUCAUAAACGACGGAGGAGAGCGAAAGCUGCGAGACAAGAUCAUGAAAGACAUGAACUAAAAAUGAAAGAAACUGACGAAGAAAUGCCUCCGUACCCACCCCCACCUCCCCCACGUCGAGGUGACGUUGACGACCCUCCGACACGUUUGGGAAGUCGAGCUCCAUCAUGGGAUUACGCAGAUCUUCCUGAAAUGGGACCUAACAGGCUAAAGAAGUUCUCAGACUCUGACGAGUAUCUGAAUGACUCCGGGGAGUAUUCAGGAACAAACGGUGUUCCUCAGGUCCCAAGACGACCCCGACAUAUUGAAACUGGAGGUGUUCCUGAUGUGCCCAAGAAACCCAAACAGUAUCGUUGUUCCAGAGCAUCAUCACAGAGUUCAGUGCGAAGUCAAAGUUAUGAAGAUGUUUCUGAAAUUGGAGUAGAAGGUCUAGAGCUUAUCCGACAAGGCACUAAGGACAUUGAACUAAUUACGAAAGCAGCAGAUGUUGUGGAUGGUCUGUUGGGAACAAAUUGUGCCACACCACCAUCUGAUGACGAUACGCAAUCCGAGUGCUCACAACUUGAUACUCAAGAACCAUUCCAUACAGGACAUUUGGAGACAUAUGAUGAUAAUGAAGUCGCAUAUUUCAUUCCUGAUAGUGACAUGAGAGAUUCAGUAAGUAAUAGUGAUCAUGAAGACGAGACAUCAGCGAUGUUAGAAAAGUUACCAACUGUGACAGACUCUCGAGGAGAAAUACUUUAUAAAGAGUCACAAUUAUAGAGAUUAUGUAGCGAGAAUGUUAGAUGGAUGCCUCCUUUUUUAUGCCAUAUUGUAGCUAAGAGAACAUUGGCAUGAGCAAUCGAACAUAUAUGACAGAUGUAGAAAAAGACUUACUCAAAAACCUGACCUGAAAAACUUAGGCCCAGUCAUUUUGGCUGAAAGUCUUAUUUGCAUUCGUCGGGUUUCAAGUUUUCAAGGCGGAUUUCAAGUUCCAGUUUUUAUUGCCUGUUGGUUUUCCAAAUGACUUUUCCUCAAACAUGCCUGUGUACAUGCCUGUAUGUAAAAGGAGGCAUUCCGUAAUUUAUUUGUAUAUAUGAACAUUGGUCAUUGUGAAUAUUUAUAGCGAUGUUGUCCUUGGACUUUUAAUCUAUUUAUAAACGAAUAUUUUAAAGUUAAUAUGUAAUCGUGGCUUUUGCACGGCUUUCCCAAUUAUUACUAUAAUAUUUAAUGAGACAUACAUAAUGUUUUAAUUAGUACUAUUUAUUGUAGUGGCU